AUGUCGGAUGGACGGUAUUCACAGGUAGAGAAUAGUAAUAAUAAACGACUUGAUGAGUUGGUUGGUAAACUCUCAACCUUUAGGAAUAUAAAUAUGGAUAUCGGACGUCAGGCGGAGUCUGAUCUUUCACUGGUGGAUUCGAUGCAUAACUCCGUGGGGGCUCUUUUUACCAAUAUCAAAAAUUCAUCAAUGAGAUUAACUAGGUCUAUUUCAGCGGGGAAUAAUAUAUGGAAGGCAGUGGGGUUGUCGUUGUUGUUCUUCUUUAUAAUUUACAACAUAUUUAAACUGUUUUAA